CAUCGUUACCGGUAAGAAUAUAAACAAAAGGAAGAGGGAACAUGGCGGCUCUGGAUGCAGCUCCCCUGCGGUGCGUUGCCUUUGGCAGCUGCCAGGAACGGAAGUUAUUUCCGACCCACUAUGCACCGAACCGGCUGGGCAAUACGCUCUCACUUGAGGGAGCCCCACACCGUGGCCCCGGCUGCUAUGACAAUCAUGUUGGUACCAUUCUAUAUGAUGUACAGAAGAGACCUGAGAGUAAGAAAGGAUACACUCUUGCUGCAAGGACGUCUGCACGGUUUCUGCCCUGUGCUCAGACAAUCACUCCUUCCCCUCAGAGCUAUCAGCAGGACAGAACCUGGUCUAAAGUAUACCCUCCUGGCAGAAUCCCCUUCAGCUCCACCACAAAGAGGUUCAGGACCAAGCCUGUUACAGCUGACUUCAAACCAGGCCCAGGGACAUAUGCUCAUGAUACUACUCUGAACCAGAAGGUGUCAUGGCCUAUGAAAUUUGGUUCCCCAGACUGGGGUAGACUGCCCACAUUAGAGAGGAAAGCCUUGAGGACAGAGCUGCUUUGUGACAAGGAGUUUGUGAAGCAAAGAAGUCGGGUGGCAUAUCUACAGUUGUUCUACUCCUGACUCUUCUGGAGAUCAAUCUGAUGUAAGCAUAAAUAAAGUGAUUUUAUUUCUCAGCUAUA